AGUCUCCGCAAGCGCCGGCGGGAGGGGUCGCGGCGGAGGCGCGGCGCAGCGCGGCGCAGGCUGCUUCAGGCCCAGGUGAAUGGAGUAACCUGACAGCGGGGACGAGGCGACGGCGAGCGGGAGGAAAUGGCGGCGGCGGUGGCGGCGCCGGGCGGCACCGGGAGGCCUGGGCUGUGACGCGCGCGCCGGAGCGGGGUCCGAUGGUUCUCGAAGGCCCGCGGCGCCCCGUGCUGCAGUAAGCUGUGCUAGAACAAAAAUGCAAUGAAAGAAACACUGGAUGAAUGAAAAGCCCUGCUUUGCAACCCUCAGCAUGGCAGGCCUGCAGCUCAUGACCCCUGCUUCCUCACCAAUGGGUCCUUUCUUUGGACUGCCAUGGCAACAAGAAGCAAUUCAUGAUAACAUUUAUACGCCAAGAAAAUAUCAGGUUGAACUGCUUGAAGCAGCUCUGGAUCAUAAUACCAUAGUCUGUUUAAACACUGGCUCAGGGAAGACGUUUAUUGCAGUACUACUCACUAAAGAGCUGUCCUAUCAGAUCAGGGGAGACUUCAACAGAAAUGGCAAAAGGACGGUGUUCUUGGUCAACUCUGCAAACCAGGUUGCUCAACAAGUGUCAGCUGUCAGAACUCACUCAGAUCUCAAGGUUGGGGAAUACUCAAACCUGGAAGUAAGUGCAUCUUGGACAAAAGAGAAAUGGAACCAAGAGUUUACUAAGCACCAGGUUCUCGUUAUGACUUGCUAUGUCGCCUUGAAUGUUUUGAAAAAUGGUUACUUAUCACUAUCAGACAUUAACCUUUUGGUGUUUGAUGAGUGUCAUCUUGCAAUCCUAGACCACCCCUACCGAGAAAUUAUGAAGCUCUGUGAAAAUUGUCCAUCAUGUCCUCGUAUUUUGGGACUAACUGCUUCCAUUUUAAAUGGGAAAUGUGAUCCAGAGGAAUUGGAAGAAAAGAUUCAGAAACUGGAGAAAAUUCUUAAGAGUAAUGCUGAAACUGCAACUGACUUGGUGGUCUUAGACAGAUAUACUUCUCAGCCAUGUGAGAUUGUGGUAGACUGUGGACCAUUUACUGACAGAAGUGGGCUUUAUGAAAGACUGCUGAUGGAAUUAGAAGAAGCACUUAAUUUUAUCAAUGACUGUAACAUAUCUGUACAUUCAAAAGAAAGAGAUUCUACUUUAAUUUCUAAACAGAUACUCUCAGACUGUCGUGCGGUACUGGUAGUUCUGGGACCCUGGUGUGCGGAUAAAGUCGCUGGAAUGAUGGUAAGAGAACUACAGAAAUACAUCAAACACGAGCAAGAGGAGCUGCACAGGAAAUUUCUAUUGUUUACAGACACUUUCCUAAGGAAAAUCCAUGCACUAUGUGAAGAGCACUUCUCACCUGCCUCACUUGACCUGAAAUUUGUAACUCCUAAAGUAAUAAAACUGCUUGAAAUCUUACGCAAAUAUAAACCGUAUGAGCGACAGCAGUUUGAGAGCGUUGAGUGGUAUAAUAAUAGGAAUCAGGAUAAUUACGUGUCUUGGAGUGAUUCUGAGGAUGAUGAGGAGGACGAAGAAAUUGAAGAAAAAGAAAAGCCAGAGACAAAUUUUCCUUCUCCAUUUACCAAUAUCUUGUGUGGAAUUAUUUUUGUGGAAAGAAGAUAUACAGCAGUUGUCUUAAACAGAUUGAUAAAGGAAGCUGGCAAACAAGAUCCAGAGCUGGCUUACAUCAGCAGCAAUUUUAUAACUGGACAUGGCAUUGGAAAGAAUCAGCCUCGUAACAAACAGAUGGAAGCAGAAUUCCGAAAACAGGAAGAGGUACUUAGGAAAUUUCGAGCACAUGAAACCAACCUGCUUAUUGCAACAAGUAUUGUGGAGGAGGGUGUUGACAUACCGAAAUGCAACUUGGUGGUUCGUUUUGAUCUGCCCACAGAGUAUCGAUCCUAUGUUCAAUCUAAGGGAAGAGCCAGGGCACCGAUCUCUAAUUAUGUAAUGUUAGCAGAUACAGACAAAAUAAAAAGUUUUGAAGAAGACCUUAAAACAUACAAAGCUAUUGAAAAGAUCUUGAGAAACAAAUGUUCCAAGUCAGUUGAUACCGGUGAGACUGACAUUGAGCCUGUUGUGGAUGAUGACGAUGUUUUCCCACCAUAUGUGUUGAGGCCCGAUGAUGGUGGUCCACGAGUCACGAUCAACACGGCCAUUGGCCACAUCAAUAGAUACUGUGCUAGAUUACCAAGUGAUCCGUUUACUCACCUGGCUCCUAAAUGUAGAACCCGAGAGUUGCCUGAUGGUACAUUUUAUUCAACUCUUUAUCUGCCAAUUAACUCACCUCUUCGAGCCUCCAUUGUUGGUCCCCCAAUGAGCUGUAUACGAUUGGCUGAAAGAGUCGUAGCUCUCAUUUGCUGUGAAAAACUGCACAAAAUUGGCGAACUGGAUGACCAUUUGAUGCCAGUUGGGAAAGAGACUGUUAAAUACGAAGAAGAGCUUGAUUUACAUGAUGAAGAAGAGACAAGUGUUCCAGGAAGACCAGGCUCCACAAAACGAAGACAGUGCUACCCAAAAGCAAUUCCAGAAUGUUUGAGGGAUAGCUACCCCAAGCCCGACCAGCCUUGUUACCUGUAUGUGAUAGGAAUGGUUCUAACGACACCUUUACCUGAUGAACUCAACUUUAGAAGGCGGAAGCUUUAUCCCCCUGAGGAUACCACAAGAUGCUUUGGAAUACUGACAGCCAAACCCAUACCUCAGAUUCCGCACUUUCCUGUGUACACACGCUCUGGAGAGGUUACCAUAUCUAUUGAGUUGAAGAAGUCUGGUUUCACGUUAUCUCUACAAAUGCUUGAGUUGAUUACAAGACUUCACCAGUAUAUAUUCUCACAUAUUCUUCGGCUUGAAAAACCUGCACUAGAAUUUAAACCCACAGACGCUGACUCAGCAUACUGUGUUCUACCUCUUAAUGUUGUUAAUGACUCCAGCACUUUGGACAUUGACUUUAAAUUCAUGGAAGAUAUCGAGAAAUCUGAAGCUCGCAUAGGCAUUCCCAGUACAAAGUAUUCAAAAGAAACUCCCUUUGUUUUUAAAUUAGAAGAUUACCAAGAUGCAGUUAUCAUUCCAAGAUAUCGCAAUUUUGAUCAGCCUCAUCGAUUUUAUGUAGCUGAUGUGUACACUGAUCUUACCCCCCUGAGUAAAUUUCCUUCCCCUGAAUAUGAAACUUUUGCAGAAUAUUAUAAAACAAAGUAUAACCUUGACCUGACCAAUCUCAACCAGCCGCUGCUGGAUGUGGACCACACAUCUUCAAGACUGAAUCUUUUGACACCUCGCCAUUUGAAUCAGAAGGGGAAAGCUCUUCCUCUGAGCAGUGCUGAAAAGAGGAAAGCCAAAUGGGAAAGUCUGCAGAAUAAACAGAUACUGGUUCCAGAACUUUGUGCUAUACAUCCAAUUCCAGCAUCACUGUGGAGAAAAGCGGUUUGUCUCCCCAGCAUACUUUAUCGCCUUCACUGCCUUUUGACCGCAGAGGAGCUAAGAGCGCAGACAGCCGGCGACGCUGGUGUGGGAGUGAGGUCACUGCCCGCGGAUUUUAGAUACCCCAACUUAGACUUCGGGUGGAAAAAAUCUAUUGACAGCAAAUCUUUCAUCUCAGUUGCUAACUCCUCUUCAGCUGAAAAUGAGAAUUACUGUAAGCACAGCACAAUUGUCGUCCCUGAAAAUGCUGCACAUCAAGGUGCUAAUAGAACCUCCUGUCUAGAAAAUCAUGACCAAAUGUCUGUGAACUGCAGAACGUUGUUCGAGUCACCUGGUAAGCUCCAAAUUGAAGUUUCAACAGAUCUUACAGCAAUUAAUGGUCUUUCUUACAAUAAAAAUCUUGCCAAUGGCAGUUACGAUUUAGCUAACAGAGACUUUUGCCAAGGAAACCAUCUGAAUUCCUACAAGCAGGAAAUACCUGUACAACCAACUACCUCAUAUCCCAUUCAGAAUUUAUACAAUUAUGAGAACCAGCCCAAGCCCAGCGAUGAAUGUACUCUACUGAGUAAUAAAUACCUUGAUGGAAAUGCUAACAAAUCUACCUCAGAUGGAAGUCCCGCGACGGCCGCCGUGCCUGGUACUACAGAGACUGGUAAGGCGCUCACGGACAGGACGGCUUCUGAGCAGAGCCCUUCCCCCGGGUACUCCUCGAGAACGCUUGGCCCAAACCCUGGACUUAUUCUUCAGGCUUUGACCCUUUCAAAUGCUAGUGAUGGAUUUAACCUGGAGCGGCUCGAAAUGCUUGGCGACUCCUUUCUAAAGCAUGCCAUCACCACGUAUCUCUUUUGCACUUAUCCCGAUGCUCACGAGGGCCGCCUUUCCUAUAUGAGAAGCAAAAAGGUCAGCAACUGUAAUCUGUAUCGGCUUGGAAAAAAGAAGGGGCUGCCCAGCCGCAUGGUGGUGUCAAUAUUUGAUCCCCCUGUGAAUUGGCUUCCUCCUGGUUAUGUAGUAAAUCAAGACAAAAGUAACACAGAGAAAUGGGAAAAAGAUGAAAUAACAAAAGACUGCAUGCUGGCUAAUGGCAAACUGGACGCGGACUUGGAGGAGGAGGAGGAGGAGGAGGAGGAGGAGGAGGAGGACCUGAUGUGGAGGGCUCCAAAGGAGGACGCGGAUGACGAAGAUGACUUCCUGGAGUACGAUCAGGAGCACAUCCAGUUCAUAGACAACAUGCUGAUGGGGUCAGGAGCCUUUGUAAAGAAGAUCUCGCUUUCUGCUUUCUCAGCCACUGAUUCUGCCUAUGAAUGGAAAAUGCCCAAAAAGUCCUCCUUAGGUAGUAUACCAUUUUCAUCAGAUUUUGAGGAUUUUGACUAUAGCUCUUGGGAUGCAAUGUGCUAUCUGGAUCCUAGCAAAGCUGUUGAAGAGGAUGACUUUGUGGUGGGGUUCUGGAAUCCAUCAGAAGAAAACUGUGGUGUUGACACAGGGAAACAGUCCAUUUCUUACGACCUGCACACCGAGCAGUGCAUUGCUGACAAAAGCAUAGCCGACUGUGUGGAAGCCCUGCUGGGCUGCUAUUUAACCAGCUGUGGCGAGAGGGCUGCUCAGCUUUUCCUCUGUUCGCUGGGGCUGAAGGUGCUCCCGGUAAUUAAGAGGACUGAUCGGGAAAAGGCCAUGUGCCCGACCAGGGAGAAUUUCACCAGCCAACAAAAGAACCUUUCAGGGAGCCGCGCUGCCGCCUCUGGAGCUGGCUCCCGCUCCUCUGUGUUGAAAGACUUGGAGUAUGGGUGUUUGGAGAUCCCACCGAGAUGUAUGUUUGAUCACCCAGAUGCAGAUAGGACACUGAGUCACCUUAUCUCGGGUUUUGAAAAUUUCGAAAAGAAAAUCAACUACAGAUUCAAGAAUAAGGCUUACCUACUACAGGCUUUUACGCACGCCUCCUACCACUACAACACUAUCACUGAUUGUUACCAGCGCUUAGAAUUCCUGGGAGAUGCAAUUUUGGACUACCUCAUAACCAAGCACCUUUAUGAAGACCCACGGCAGCACUCCCCAGGGGUCCUGACUGACCUGCGCUCGGCUCUGGUCAACAACACCAUCUUUGCAUCGUUGGCUGUGAAGUAUGACUACCACAAGUACUUUAAAGCAGUUUCUCCUGAGCUCUUCCACGUCAUCGAUGAUUUUGUGCAGUUUCAGCUCGAGAAGAAUGAAAUGCAAGGGAUGGAUUCCGAGCUUAGGAGAUCUGAGGAGGAUGAAGAGAAGGAAGAGGAUAUUGAAGUUCCAAAGGCCAUGGGGGAUAUUUUUGAGUCGCUUGCUGGUGCCAUUUACAUGGAUAGCGGGAUGUCGCUGGAGAUGGUUUGGCAGGUGUACUAUCCUAUGAUGCGGCCGCUGAUAGAAAAAUUUUCUGCAAAUGUGCCCCGUUCCCCUGUGCGAGAAUUGCUUGAGAUGGAACCAGAAACCGCCAAAUUUAGCCCGGCUGAGAGAACUUAUGAUGGCAAGGUCAGAGUCACCGUGGAAGUAGUAGGAAAGGGGAAAUUCAAAGGUGUUGGCCGAAGUUACAGGAUUGCCAAAUCUGCAGCAGCAAGAAGAGCCCUACGAAGCCUCAAAGCUAAUCAACCUCAGGUUCCCAACAGCUGAAACCCCUUUUUAAAAUUAAAAAAAAAAAACAAAAAAAACAAAAAAAAGCAGAAUUAAGGUGGAAAAUAUUUAAGUUGAAAAGGAUGAUUUAAAACUGAUAGUGAGUGGAAUGAAUUGAAGGCAGAAUUUAAAGUUUGUUUGAUAACAAGAUAGGUUACAGAAUAAAACAUUUAACAUAUGUAUAAAAAUUUUGGAACUAACUGUAGUUUUAGUUUUUUGCGCAAACACAAUCUUGUCUUCUUUCCUCACUUCUGCUUUGUUUAAAUCACAAGAGUGCUUUACUGAUGACAUUUAGCAAGUGUUCAAAGAAAUUAUUGAGAGUUUUUGUUUUGUUUUGUUUCGUUUUAGUUUAAUUCUGUCAGCUUUGCUUAGUGUUCGGAGGCCAAGGAGCUUAAACCUGGAAUAGCCCCCAGGGUUCUGUUGAGAGCUCUUGACACCCGACGGUGUGUGUGGAAGUGCCAGUCCUGCAUAGCUGAUAAGCUGAGUAGAGCGAUGCAGUUUGCGAGAGAAGUGUGCCAGUGUUGUCUUUCCUUUCCACGUCAUAGCGUGUGAGAUGAUGUUUCCUGGUCGCUGUUGCACUUAACAGUAAGGGACAGAUUUUUAAUUAACAUUGGCUGGCAUGUUGGCAAAUCACAUUUUAGUUUUCUCAUGCCAUGUUGUCUUGCAUAAAAGAGGUUCUUGCCUUAAGAGUAAAACCCUCAUGGAUAUUCUUUCAUUUCUGAUCUUUUUGGAACAAACUGUUUUAC